CAGGCCAAAAGGAAACGCGGCAGUGAAGGCAACCGCAACAUUAUUGAUAAGCCCGAGUCAGAGCGUUUUUGCUGUGUUUUUCUUACUUUGGCAUACAUAAAAGACAGUAAAGCAGCAAUUCAGUUAUCAUACACGGGACAAAUUCGUCUCAUCCAACUGCUUUUGAAGCCUCUCUCCAGCUAUCUUAGCUUCUUUGCUACUAACAGAGACGCGGAAGUUAGCAAAACAUGCUAAGUGUCGUUAUUGUGUGUGAAAAUGUGUAAAGUACAAAUGCUGAGAGCGUUGGUGAAUCAGCGACUAACUGCGGCUGUUGAAGAAAUAUUUGUAGUGUUGGAAAGAACGAUAGCAGAGUACGAGGAGGAACUUUGUCGAACAAAAGAGGAGAACGCGCGACAACGCCAACUACUGGACGCAGUUUUCAAGCCGGAAGUUGUCUUACCCAGAGCAGACGUCACUAAAGAACAUCUUCCUCCUGAGCAGCAGGAGUGGAGCUUCAGUGGGGAGCAGAAGGAGCCCCAGCCCCCCCACAUUAAAGAGGAAAAGGAGGCUCACAGCGUCAGUCAGGAGGGAGAGCAUCUUGAAGGAUUGGAGGAGUUCCCUGUGAUUGGUGUCCCUGUGAAGAGUGAAGAUGAUGAAGACAAAGGUGAAAGUGAGGAGAAGAGAGAGGUGGAGCCUCCAAGCAGCAGCUCAACUCAACACAUGACAACAGAAGCUGAUGGAGACCACUGUGGAGGAUCACAAGCAGACAGCCGUGUAGCUCCACUAUCAGAUAGUGACGACACGACGUCUAAAACUGAUGGAAGAAUGGUGGCUGACAACACACGCUUGAAAUGCUCUUUGUGUGACAAAACUUUUGCCCGCAAGAACAACCUGAAAGAACACAUGAUAUGCCACACAGGAGAGAGACCUUUUAUCUGCUCAGUCUGCGGUAAAAGCUUCUCUCGUAAAGGAAUACUGACAAGACACACAAGAUUACACACGGGAGAGAAACCGUACGGCUGUUCAGUAUGUGGUCAACGAUUCCCUCAAAACUCAAACUUGAUAUCGCACAUGAGAAAGCACACUGGCGAGAAACCAUAUCCCUGCCCAUUCUGCAACUCGUGUUUUAGUAACAGUUCAACGUUGCUUCGACACACUCGAAUACACACGGGGGAGAGACCUUUUCCCUGCUCUGUGUGUGGUAAAAGAUUCUCUGUGAUGGGACAUUUGCGAUCACACAGAAGAACGCAUACGGGUGAGAAACCCUUCCCUUGCCCGGUUUGCAACAGAUGUUUUGCGGAGAAAUCGGCGAUGGUUAAACACACAAGAACCCACACUGGGGAAAAAACAUGCUCCUGUCCAAUUUGCGAAAAAGGUUUUUGUGACCGGUCGUCACUGGUCCAACACACAAGAAUACACACCGGAGAGAAAGUGUUCAGUUGCAGCGCGUGUGGUGAAGGUUUCUUCUACAAGUACCAGGUUAACAAUCACAAGUGUGCUGGUGAGAACAGCGGCGGCCAAGUCGGUGGUUUGAUGUCAGGCCAAUAGAUAAUGCAUCACAAUCUGUGAGGACAUCAGGGGGACCAUCAGGGGGUCUCGCCACAGUCAGUUAUGUGCACGUUGUGUUUGGUAGUCUUUCCUGACACAUACACACCUUCCAUUCAUCUGGGCUCGGAGAGCUGCCCACGCCACCUGAGUGAAAGACAAGACUCCAGACUGAAAAGGAUUUUCACACAGGUGCUAAACAUGACGCUUCUAUUUCCAUUUAUAUUCAAGUACUUCCAAGAGGUAUCCUGCUGAAGAAGGAUGUAUUCCUGAAUGCUCAAUGCCAUUUUUAGAAACAUUAAAACAGUCCUCACUGCAGUCACAUGUGUUUUUUCAAAGGCAAGUCAUAAAAACGUUUAAGUAUGUUGAAAAUAUUCCUAUUUUUUUGUCUUCCGUCACAUGCUAACACAAUGACCAAUUCAUCUUUUUUUCUAUGUGCGAAACUGUCCUCACU